UUCGAGAAUUAAACCGCCCGAGUUUUUCGUCUCCUUACUCCACCGCAAUCAGAAACCGAAACCCCAUCAAUUGUACUCCGCAAUCCCUUUCUCCAAUAGAGGCGUCUUCAUCUUCUUCUUCUUCUUCUUCUUCUUCUUCUGCAUCUGCUGCUGCCGUGGAAACUCAGCCAAUGGUUCCGCCGUACAAUGUGUUGAUAACUGGUUCUACCAAAGGAAUAGGGUAUGCGCUUGCGAAAGAAUUUCUCAAAGCUGGAGACACCGUCGUCAUAUGCUCUAGAUCAGAGGAACGAGUGAAAUCAGCUCUCGAAAGCUUACGGGUUGAAUCGGGGAAGCAGCAUGUGUGGGGUGCCAGGUGUGAUGUUCGGAAGGGGGAUGAUGUAAAGAACUUAGUUUCUUUUGCACAAGAACAGUUAAAUUACAUUGACAUAUGGAUAAAUAAUGCAGGAUCAAAUGCAUAUAGUUUCAAACCAUUGAUGGAGGCAUCCGAUGAAGAUUUAAUGACAAUAUAUACGUGCCAUCAUGUCAUUGGGAGCUAUGGCUACAUCGACAUUACGUCAUUCGAUGAAGGUUGUUCUUCGGCUAAGCAAGACGUGUAUGCAUUUGGGGUUAUACUUCUCAGUAUGAUUUCAAAACGAGUUUACACCGAAGAAGAUAGGCUAAGUUAUGCUCCAAACGUUUUCAGAUGGGCUUGGGGUAGAUGUUUCGAAUACGAUCGUGAGAAAGAUAGUGACUCGAAGAAACAUGAUUCCGAUACUGGUGACUCGAAGAAGCCGAAGUUUUCGGUCGUCCAUCCAAGUCUUGUAGCAGAAGAUCCCGAUUUUGAUCCUUCCGACGGGUAUAAAAUUACUUCACUAGGAUUGGAUUGCACAGGCCGAAACUUGUCUGAGCGGCCCACGAUGAAGCAAGUUUUUCGAUCUUUACUUAAAGUCGUUAAGAACCACACCGACUUCAUCGGAGCCAACAACGACGCGCUGCUGCUGCGGCCCUAUGAUGGAGCCGGUUCGGAUGGAAGACCCACACCCAGAUUUGCUGCUUAUGGGGCAACUAAACGGAGCGUGGUGCAUCUUACAAAAUCACUGCAGGCAGAAUUGAAGAUGCAAGAUGUAAAAAAUGUCGUAGUGCACAAUCUCUCGCCAGGAAUGGUUACGACAGAUCUUCUCAUGUCUGGUGCUAACACAAAGCAGGCCAAGUUUUUCAUUAAUGUCUUGGCUGAACCAGCCGAAGUGGUGGCUGAAUAUCUUGUUCCGAACAUUAGAAGUAUUCCCACAAAUAGAUCUGGAAGACCAACUUACAUCCGUUUUCUCACCGGAUUAAAAGCUUACUCCCAGAUUUUCUCAAGACUCGCUUUUGGUGCUCGUAGAAAUCGACAUGUUCUUGAAGAGUAGUACUUAACUUGAGCCAGUUCCUGAUUUGGUGACUGUUAUGGUGUACUUGAUGAAUGAAGUUCGAUGAAUGAAGGAUGUAAUCGUCUAGAAAAACAAAAAAAAAAAAGGGGUAAAAUUGCGGAUUUUGUGUAAACUAUGGAGUAACUGAUAAUUUAUAAAAUAUAACUUUUUAAUGA